UAACUUUGUUAAGAGGCUUGGUAGUGAUGCAAGAGUCCAGGACUUCAGUAAUUUUUUCUGAGCCCAGCCAUGAGGGGGGCUCAAGCACCAUUCAGCCCCAUGCUAGAAACGCCCCUGCCUACUCCUACUCCUACUUUUAUCCGGACCCCUGGCUUGAGACUGCCGAAGCUCCCUAGGCGGGGCUGCACUGAGCCAUGCAUAGGGCCCCUCCUAAAAUAAGGAGGAGCUGGAAGCAGAACUCACCAUUUUUGUAGAGAGAGAUAGAGAACUAAGUAAGAAACUGAAAGGUAAAGGGAGAUUUUUCUCAUCAAAUUUACAGUCUGCCUAAUAAGAUCACUGGAUGAGACGAAUAAUGCCUAGUAUAAUACUAUUAAUACUGACACUAAUAGUGUCCUAUAUUCACUCUGCCAGUAUUGAGAAAGCUCCAGGGUAUGAAUACUGUGAUCUAAAACCAGCUCUAAGGCUUAUCACUUAUUUCAAAAAUGGCAUCGAUUAUACAAGAGUCUAUCAAAUUUCAAUGUGCAUCAAUUCAACAUACGGCGAUGUCUGUGCUGAUGGAAUCAAUGAUUAUGUCGCUCUAUUAUUCUGUCAAUCAGAAACAUUGUACUUUAAUGCAGCAAGUGUGACAAAUUUCUAUGACAAUCGAACUAUUUCUUCUUAUAAGUCCGCUUAUGCUAAUUUCAGUUGUCCUCUUGGUGCUGGUACCAUCUCUUCUUGCUAUGAUAAUGUCACCACUGUUAAGGAUUGUUCCAGGGGAUUUGGUGGUUUUCUAGUGGUGGAGUGUAGUCACAUAAUUAGUCCAAAAUCUCUGAAAAGAAUAAAAAUGCCACAUAAAUCUACAAUAAAUGCUAAUAGUAGAUCUAGUAAAAGCAAUAAAGAUUUAUAUAAUAACAAUGGUGAUGAACAUUAUUACGCUAUUGAAAUAGCCAAGGACCAAAAAUCUGCUUCAAAAUUUGCAAUUAAUAAAGCAGGUCUAGCAAAGAAACACAGAUGAUUAUUAUUUUUUGAUC